UCGCAAGCAGAUCAAUUGUGUAAGACGUGAGGAGCAGAGAUAAAACCCCGCUAAAUCCAAAAAAUUUCACUAUUUCCAAAAACCCGAAGAUCACCGUUGAGUCCUCAUGAAAAUGGAGGGAAUGGAUUUACUCUUUCUUCUGCUCAUUUCAAUCUGCAGUUUGAAUUUUUUGCACGUGGGCGGUAGCACUCACACACCCUGCGUCAACAAUGCCAGUGGUGGAAAAAAUAAAGUUAAAAGGGAUCCGCACGGUGGUAAUUACGUGAUGGACUGCGCCAGCUUCACCACAACAUACGAAUCCUUCCUCCCACUAGUUGACAGGGCCUACUGGAUAAAAGCGAGCAAGGACGAGGGCUUCCAAGAGAGAAUCUCCCUCUCAAUGUACCGUUACUACAUGGUUCAGCACUUGUACGCCCGCCUAGCGCAAAUUCGUGUCGCUAAGGGUCUGGGCGAUCAAGAGGAGCAGCGAUUCGCGAAACACGUGUACGGAGUCGCGUCCUGCGUUCCCUACAGCAUUUUCAUUUUCUUGUAUAACCUGGGGGAUCUGCAGAUUACGCCGCGAUCGGGGGACCGACAGUUUUUCGAGUACUCGGUGAUCGUUUGGCCGAACGAUGAGGGUCACUUCGGCCGGGUGGACGGCUCGACCCACUGGAAGUACAUGUCCAUGCCGGCUCCGGCCGUCAUGGCUCAGGCGAUUCAGCAAGAUCUGUUGUACACUACCAACACAACGGGGAAUCCCCUUUGGGACUUGCCGGAGGAGCUUGCGCCGCUCACGACGCAGGCCCACCCAGGAUUGCCAACCGCCAAUCUUCUCGGCUGGAUGCCGGCCACUCCGCUGACGCACGCGCAACGACAUAUCCUUCACUCGUCCGGCAUAACGCAGAACAACUUCGAUGUCAUCUACCCGCGAUUCAUGUUCAACGCGAAACUCUUGGAGAUUCUUCACGCGUAUUUCAAGGCCUCUUCCCAGAUCACGAUGAACAUCAAGUCGUUUUACGAAGAUAAACUGCAGCAUUUCGGCGGGCCGGAGCAGCUCGGGUGGCUGGAGCGGGAGGUGGCGGAUCGGGCGCCAUUCAGCAGAUCUAUUUCUUAUGUCGAGAGGAAUGUCGUGGGGAAGCUGCAUCCGCUGCAGACCAAGGUCGCGGAUAAUGUCGAGUUCUCUCUCAUUCUCGGGCUCAGGGUCAAGAAACAUUCCGCGGCGGUUAAUGAUUGGGCGGUUUAUGACUGGCAGGAUUAUGAACGCGUGCCGGAAAGCUGGAUCAAGACGAGAAAUUCGGUUUUUGAAUUCGGAGAUCUUCGUGAUGUCAAUGGAACGACCAUCGCGGUUUCCCAGGAGAGGGAUGGGAUCAGGAUGAGAUUCGUGGAUAAGAGCUUUAAUCAUCUUAAUUAUCCCGGUGGGGAGUGAUGGUGUAAUUUAAGCCUUCGUUUCUCGCGGGAAACUUUCCGACGCGGUUACUCGCAUCGCGGUGCCGCACCGCGCUGUAAAUCUGAGCGCGCUGUUGUCACAAUUCAUUCGGAGAGUGGACUCGCUGAUCUCCCGGCAGCAACAAGUGCGGCAACGCCGUGUAAAAUAUUUCCAUGACGCGAUCAGCCGCGUCGCGAUACGGCGCCGUAUUUUUUAUUUCCAGUUAGCAUAGGAGGAAAUUUUCUAAAAAUAAAUGGCAGAAUAUGCUUUUAGAUAAAAUGAGCGAGGCAUACUAUUUUUUUCAUAUUUUUUAAUGAGUUCUUUUUGAAGUUAUACUAAAAAAUAGAAUUUCACCGGCGCGGGGCCGAGGACGCGGGUAACGGAGGGAUAAUCAAAUGUAAUCAAAGCGGAAUUGGAGAAUAAUCUUUAAUGGAUUUUUAUUUUUAUAAAGGUGUACAAAUACUCUGCGAUUAGACAGAUUGUUGCGAUUGUUGUGCUCUACGUAACAAUAUCAUUAGUUUGAGGGAAUAACGGAACGUUUUAGGACUAAUUUUUAUUUCAUCAUUUUUCUGUUUUAUAAAUUUUUAAUAGACUAUUAUAUAAUUUAUAAU